GUGUGAAUAAAACCUACACGCUGGCUACUGCUGCAAGAUAGCGUGCGCGAGCAACUCAAGCCAUUGUACUUGCAUCGAUGUGACAGUUUCUUGCAUCGAUGGAGCUCCCCAGACUCUCCGGCUCGGGCGGACUGGCUGCGGCCGUCUCCGCCGCUCUGGAGAGCGGUGCGGCCUCCCGCACGCUCCUGGUCUUCGACUUUGACCGCACGCUCACCAACGGCAUCUCGAGACCCGGCGACGAGAUAGUCAAGGUGGUGCGGGGCGGCGAGGCCACGGUGGCGGCGCUGCGCCGGGCCCACGACGCCGGCGCGGGGCUGUUCAUCGUCACGGCGCGCCGCCCGGCGCGACUCUCCGUGGAGCAGAUCUUCGCCUCGCUGGACAACGCGCAGGCGGCGCUCUCGCCCUUUUUCCCGCGCGGCGACUGCGCGGAGUUCCGGUUCAAUGACAUUCCAAUGGCCCGCGGCGGCAGCGUCUACGCGUCGGGGUACGAGAAGGCCGCCGCCCUGGCGCACAUCGUCUCCGCCCAAAAACGGGCGGGGCUGCGCGUCUUCUUCUUCGACGACAGCGUCGUGAACUCGUACGUCGUGGCCACCUCCGCGGCGCAGCACAUGGCGGGGGGGGCGCUGGCGCCGGCGGUGGCGGAGCUGACGUCGUACUGGUGGGACUCGUACGCGGAGGAGAUGGGCCCCGGCCCGACGAUGGGGCCGUCGCCGCUGGGCACCGCCGACAGCAACUACCCGGACCACCUGCGGCACAUGCUCCGGGCCUACGGCGUCACCGCGGCCGAGCGCGACGCGCGGAUCGCGGCGUACCGCGCCGCGGGCCACGUCCGGCCUUCGGUCGCGCGCGGCGUCGGCGCCGAGCGCGCGCGCGUCGAGGCCGCGAGCCAAGCCAGCCGCGCCAAGAUGAGCGGGCUGGCGGAGACGUUGGGCGCGCGCUUCGCCCGCGGCCCGCGCCCUCCGCCGGCGCCCGGCGCCGCCCGCGCGCCAGCCAAGGGCGGCGGGCUCGGCGCGCUCUUGGGCGCGCGCCGGCCUCCGCCGCCACGGGCCUCCGCGGGCGUCGCGGGGGGCUGGCGGGCCCAGGCCGCGGCGCAAAAGGCGCGGGCCGCGGCGGCCGCCGCUCUCUUCGGAGGGCGGAGCGCCGCCUCGCUCCCGCCCGGGCCGCUCUCGGCGCCGCGGUGGGAGACGGCGUUCCAGGUCGGGCGGCCGGCCGAGGGCACCACGGGCGGGCUCGCCUUCAUCGCGACGCUCGCCGGGGCCUUCGCCGUCAAGGCCGCCGACGACGUCGCCGAGGAGUUCGUCGGCACGCGGUUCCUGCGGGCGGCCGGCGCCCCCGUCCCCGGCGCGCGCGUCGUGUUCCCCGCCGACGCUGAACACGCCUCCAUCCUCGCGGCGGUCGAAGCGGUCGCGAAGCAGUACUCGCGCCGCGGCGACGCCGAGGGCGCGCAGGCCGUGAUGGUCCACGUCCUCGUCGGCCUGCGCAAGUACGACGGCCCCCUCCUGCUGCUCGAGCUCGUACCCGCCGCCCGCGCCCUCGACGACAUCGGCGCCUCGGCUGCGCUCCUGCUCGAGCCCGCCGCGGGGAGUAGGGCGCGCGCGCGGCUCGAGGCGAUGGGGCGCGUCUGGAUCGUCGAUGCGGCCCUGCACUUUCACGACCGCUUUGCGUCGCGCCUGAGCUGCGCGGGAUACGACGCCGCCGCCGCCGCGUACGCUGAGGGCGCCGCUGCCGAUGGUGUGACGGGCAACCUGGGCAACAUCCUGCUGACUGAUGCUCCCCCCGGCGUGGCCGCCGUCGACUCCCACGUCAAGCUCGUCCGCGGCGCCGCGAGCGACGCCGCCGCCCUCGCCGCGGCCCGGGCCGAGGCGCGGGCGCGGCUGCGCACCGAGCUCGGCGAGCUGCUCGCGGAGGCGCGCGACGCGGCCGAGCGCGGCGCCCUCGCCACGGCCCCGAGCCGGAGCCUCGGCUGGCUCCGCGUCACGGUCGAGAGCAGCACGGGGCACUCGCUCUCCGACGGCGCGCUGGCGACCGCGCGCUUGGGUGCCCUCCGGGGCGUCGCCGGCGUGCCGGGCGCGGUGGCGUGGGCGCGGUCGGAGCUCGCGGCCGCGCGGCGCGGCGACGUCGGGGACGCCGACUGGCAGGCGGCGCUCGCCCGCAUCGACGAGGAGGCGCUGGUGGCGGUGGGGCGGAUCUUCGAGGGCCUGCUCGCCGAGCACGCCGGCCUGAUGGCUACGCUGCCCCCGCCUCCCGCCGUGCCCGCCGUGGUGGCGAGCGGCGGAGCGGCGGUCGCGGAGCCCGCCCUUCUCGCGGAGUCCGAGCUGAUGGCGGCGGAGCCUCGCCUCUGGGCCGCGUUGAGCUCUGAGCUCAGGAACGCGCUGCUCGACGAGCGCGUCCGCGGGGUGCCCGCCGGGCCGCACUCGGUGCAGUGGCCGGGGUGGUAA